AUGGCAGAUAACAUGACUGACGCUCAUCGAAGGUUCUUGCAGUUUAUGAUGUCUAAGGAGAUAGUAGAAGGAUCAGAGGCCGGAAAAAUGCACCAGCGCUGCUGUGAAACUGAUAACGUUUACUACGAACACGACAAACUGGAUGAUUUCAUUGGCACUAUUAAUAGCAAACUGCAGCCUUUGUCCAUGCAGAUACGGAAAGGAGUGUCACAAGACGAUGGGACAACACAUUACGCUCUAGUGAAUUUAGCAGAAAAUGAAAUUGCUAAAAUGGCAUCUGACUACACACAAAGGGAAUUACAAUUUUUGAGAAAAACAAUGGAGCUAAUACUUUCAUCAGAAAAGGGCUUUGUCUCAUCUGAAGAUAUUUUUAACAUGGCUACCCAACUUGGGACAAAGAAAAUGAAGAAAAAGAAAGCAGAACAAGCGCUGAAAGUUUUUGUGGAGGAUAAGUGGCUCUCUGAGAAAAAUGGAGAGUAUACUCUGCAUACUCGUUUCGUAAUUGAAAUGGAAGAGUACAUUCUCAGGAACUACCAGGAUGUGGCAAAGAAAUGUGCCAUCUGUGACAGUCUCGCCAUCCAGGGCCAAGGAUGUGAAUCCUGUGGAAUUCGAGUGCACUUACCUUGUGCCACAAAGUACUUCAGAGGCCAUUCAGUCGCGUCAAGCACACCGUUAUAA